UCGAAUUUGCCCAAUUGACAUGUACACCAGCCGUGACGAGAUACCGUGACGAGACGCGAGACUCAAGAUGGGUUUGUGUAUCGAGAUCAUGACUGGGUGCUGUGAAGGCUUUUAUGUCAACCGGCAUCGCCAGUGCACCGGGGUCAAACCUCCGCCACUUCACUAAUGGAGACAACUCUCUUGACAGGUGCAUUCAACCCGGGCCUCACCCCGCAGGUGACAGGUAUCUGUCUGUCGAAGCUCAGAAUGCAGGUCGGGAUGCCGGACGUUAUCGGACGUACUGUCGAUCCCUAGGGAUACUUCGAGAUACAUCGACGAGACCUUCAUCGUUCGCCUCCGGUGUGUUCGAGUCUUAUCCGCAUGCGGAAGUGGAAAUUGCCCACCAGUCGAGGAGCAGAUCUGCUUCUCAGUCGGCAUUACCAUCCGGUCGCCCUGUAGCUGGGCAGUCCUGUAUGAGAUAUGGAUGCUUGGUGAGGGGAGUGGAAAGUGACGACGGAUGGGUCGGAGGCCAAGGAGCAGUGCUGAACGCAGGCCAGCUGGAGGAUGGGACAAAGGCUGGACCAGAAACAGAAACUUGAUGUCCCAGACAAUCCGUAUCUGGCAAGAGAAGGACGUUGCGCGUGUUGAUUGACCGUCACCUGAACGCCUAUCAAUGCCUUGAUGGCCCUAACGAGUAAUGUAUAGCUGCAGCAGCGUCACUACCACUAAGUCAUGCUCCGUGCAUCAACAUUAAGACAAACGUGGUGUUCAGGUCUGAGACAGACAUCACUAAGACCACUAAGAUCAGUCGACGCGGCAAGUCCUUCCUACACUAUAGUGGCCAC